UUUCUUUUUCUUUUUAAGAUAUUUCUCGCACCCCACCACCGCAGUCCCCACCUUUAACUUCUUAAAUAUAUUUAUAUUAUUUUUAGGAAGACAAUGAAGUUUUAAUUUCUUGCCUUGAACUAGUAUAGACUAGAGACAUAUGACACAUCCUUGUUUUGAAGAAGACCGUCCAGUGUAGGGCAUGGUAAAAUGGUGGAUGUUCAGUUGAAGGGAAGUGCUUGUAGGAUUAAGAAGUGUGCCUUGGAGUUGCUGUCGAUUGGGAGCGAUCUGGUGAACGAGGGUCAGUCGUCGUGGGAGUUGUUGGGAAGGGAUCUGCGCCUGAAAUCCACAUUCUUGUAUUGUGAUCUUAAUCAGAUGAUCUCUUGUGCACCAAGGGAACAGAAGAGGGCCCUCACAGAACUUGCCAACAAAUUGUUUUGCUCCAUUGAAGAGUUGGAUCAUGCAAUGAAAAUUCGUAGCGUUCCUUUGACCCAAGAUCGAUACAAUCAGGCUGCUGUCGUCUUACAGGAGGUGAUGGCUCUCGCGCCUUAAACACGACACGUCGUCAAUGCAGCCUCGGCCUUAAAUUGGUGUCCAGUAGUACAGUACAACAAUUUCAUCUGUAAAUAAAAGUUCAUCCUCAAGUUCUUUUGUUUUUUUUGUUUUUUUU